CCUUAAAGUAAGAGCUGAAGAUGGCCGCAGCCUCCUCCUAGACUCCUCCAGGAGAAACUCUGAAGCCAGAGCCGGGGGCAGCCCUGUGUGUCCUCCUUGCCACCGAGAACAUCUACGGAAAUUGGACACUCUGGCCCCAGUGACCACAGUAACCCAGGUGUGGAUGGUCUCCAGAGCCAGGGUUUGGGAGUGCACUGAGAAUCCCUGGGGCUUCCAAGGAACCCACAUCUCUGUCCAGACGGGAAUUUUUUUUCCUGAGAACUUUCACCUGUUGCCUUCCUAUGGUGAAUCUGGACUUGACCUUCCACUCUGAAGAUGAAGGGCUCCCCUGCCUUCCCUCUGGCUAGUUGUCUCCUCCCUCUGCUCCUCCUGGUGUCUACGGGAGUCUCCGGAGGAGCGUCUUGGUUUUCUGUGAAGGGACCAGCUGAGACCAUCACAGUCCUGCUGGGAACUGAUGCCAUCCUGCCCUGCCAGCUGUCUCCUGAACAGAGUGCAGCUCACAUGCACAUCCGAUGGUACCGUGCCCAGCUCACCCCUGCUGUGCUGGUGUUCCACAAUGGACAGGAGCAGAGAGAGAUGCAGAUGCCCGAGUACCAGGGCAGGACCCAGAUGGUGAGAGAUGCCAUCGACACUGGAAGUGUGGCUCUGAAGAUACAGAAGGUCCAGGCCUCUGACGAUGGCCUGUACCACUGUCAGUUUACAGAUGGCUUCACCUCCCAAGAAGUUUCCAUGGAGCUUCGAGUCAUAG